CCAUGUCACCCUAUGCCUCCGUCCGCGUCUGAGGAACAUUUUUGCCUCCGUCCGCUUCUUGUCCUGCCCUGCCCUGCCCCGCCCCGCCCCGCCUGCCCCGGGUCGGGUCCGCGGGAGACGAAGGGCUCGGCUUGGGGAUCGGCGGUCUAAGGGCUGCCUCCCCGCCACUCCCUGCCCGGACCCCGCGCCCGGGGCCUCCCGCCGCCGCGGCGCCGCCUCAGAGAGCCCGGGUCAGCUGCCCUUGCGGCCGCGGCUGGUCCCAAACUCACUGAAUCGGGAACUCUGGUGUGGGUUCAGAAAUCGGGGUGAUUCUGAUGCAGGCGAGAGUUGGAGAACCAAUGUCGUAGUUCAUCAGCCUCCGAAAGCAUCCUUUGCUCUCUUUCCAGAAAGGAAGAGCACCUCUGCCAUUCGGAUCUCAAGGACAAGCGCCUCAGCCUCGUUCUCUGUGAGCUGAUCUGUGGAUCAGGGCGUGUCGGGGGACAUGGAGGAAGAAAGAAAAACUGCCGAAUUACAGAAAAAUAGGAUACGGGAUUCAGUAGUCUUUGAGGAUGUGGCUGUGGACUUUACUCAGGAGGAAUGGGCUUUGCUGGAUCUUGCUCAGAGGAACCUCUACAGAGAUGUGAUGCUGGAAAACUUCCAGAACCUGGCCUCACUAGGGUAUCCGCUACACACACCCCAUCUGAUCUCACAGUGGGAACAAGAGGAGGACCUGCAGACAGUGAAGAGAGAACUUAUCCAGGGCAUCUUUAUGAGAGAGCACCAGGAAGGCAAGAACCCUUGGGAGAAACUGUUUUGGUUGGGGGAAAAAAUCAACUUAAAGUAA